ACCGUCGAACGUGUUGGACGCACAAAGUGUUUUUCGCCUAACAAAUUUUAUACAUCGUUUUACACUGAGUACAGCAAAAUCUAUGUUUUAUAUAUCUGCCCGUGUUGUUUCUUUCGUAUAAUUUUUUUUUUGUUGUUGUUUUGAUAUAAUAAAUUUUACCUCUUCACAUAUGAUCGUUAGUGUCGCAUGUGUAAAAGCGUAAUUUUUUUCUGUAGAAAAUAAAAAUAUAUUGAAGCAGAGAACCGUUGGUUGGUCUACAAAAUAAUAAUAGAAAAAAAAUGUGUGGAUUUACAAACAAGAGAAGUGCAGUCUCUGUUUUUUGAUAAAUAAAUAAAUAAACAAACGAAAACAAUAAAUAACAAUCGAGGCAGUACGUACAGCCAAUAUAAGAGUAUACUUAUGAAUACAAUUUUUGUUUUAAAUCAAGAAAUUGAUUGAGUAAUUUUCAUGCAAAUUUUAAUUUAAAAAAGAAAAGAAAUUAUUAUUACUGCCAAUCAGUUCAUUCUGAUAACAAGCCAGUGCUUUUUAUCGCUACAAAACAAUAAAAACUCACGUUCUCAUUCAGUAAAUGAAUGAAUUUAAUGUUGUAAAAGAUAAAAGUUAAUCACAAAUUUUACGCACUUAAUACUUGUGUUCAAUAUCGUAAAUACAAAUUAAUGUUAAUAGUCUAAUUUUCGAUAUAAAUCGUGAAUUUAAAGCGAAAAAUUGGUUAAAUAAGAGAAACAGUAUUUUCUCCUCUGACGACUGGAACAGCAUUGACUAUUGAAACAUUUAAAAGUAAUAAACAGAAGAAGAGUUUUUGUAUAAUCUGUAAAAAAGAGUGCUCAGUUUUUUUUGGUAUAAUAUAGUUGCUUGCUGAUUCAUAUUAAACGUGAGGCAGAAGCAGCAGACAGAAAACGAGACCCGGUCCAAAUUUGAAUUGAAAAAAGAAAUUAUCAAAAAAUGGGUGAACGUCGUGGAACAAAAGCAUUAGAAUUAUGGUGUCGCCGAAUGAUUGAAGGCUACCCAGGAGUCAAAAUUGACAAUAUGACCACUUCUUGGCGAGAUGGUCUAGCUUUCUGCGCAAUGGUACAUCAUUUUCGACCGGACUUAAUUGAUUUCGACAAAUUAAACAAAGCUGACAUUUACUACAACAAUGAAUUAGCGUUUCGUACGGCUGAAAUCCAUUUGGGUAUACCAGCAUUAUUAGACGCCGCCGAUAUGGAGUCUUAUGAAGUGCCAGACAGAUUAUCAAUUCUUACCUAUCUAUCACAAUAUUAUCAAACAUUUGCGUCACAAGACUCACCAAAUCGACUCAACAAGCGGCAAUCAACUGUUGGAACCGAUAAGAGCCCAUUAACAAUAACCAAAACUUCAGGCCCUCCAGCUAAGGACGACAAAAGUUUGGAUAUUAUGGGACAAUAUAAGCCUGAAAUAUUCUGCUAAAUCAUCAUAUUUUACUCAAAAAAAAAAUCAUUUUUAUUUCUAUUCGCAAAAAAGAACAAACCGCAUCACGCAAAAUACAUAAUUUAGUUUUUAAAUUGCUUAAAUUUAAGAAUUUUUUAUCAUUAAAACUACACAGACCGAUGCAGAAACAGGUGGCUCACAUAGUGGGAAGUGGUGGAAAUGGUGGCAGUGUCCUGAAACGUGAACCUUGUCAGAAAUGUAAUCUACCGGUUUUUCUAGCCGAACGCUUAGUGCUGGGCCAAAAAUUAUUCCAUCGAACGUGUUUGAAGUGUGCCCGAUGUCAGUCCCAAUUAACGCCAGGCAGUUUCUACGAAACCGAAGUUGACGGUGAAUUUUGCUGUGAAACCUGUCCGGACGAAGAGAAAGAAUUUGCGCUGAAGGAACGACUCAAAGGCGAUGUCACUGUCGACGAUGAUGGAAACAAAUCGUUUACCGAAAAAUUGGCAAUAUUUCAGACGGAUGGUAAAGGAUUGUUGCAGAAAUCGUUGAGUGAUGAAGAGAAAUCUAAGAGCCUUAAACGAUUGACCGAAUUCUACAGUAAUCAGGAUCAAACGUACAAGACAAACAAAGCGUUAAGUAGUUUCAUUAACAAUCAAGUGGACACUGAUCCGUCAGUCACUUCCACAUCAUCGAUAAAAUCGGAUGAUUCUAGUUCGAGUUCGGACGACGAAUCAGACAAUGAAGAUCCACCCGAUUUGCCCACAACGAAACCACCAACACCGCCAUGCAUACCUGACAACGUAAGCGAUCAAACCACAUCACUAGACACAUCACAAUUAAAUAAUUCUAAGGUGGAAAUUGAUAAAGAUGAUCCACAGCCGCUAAAAAAAGAGUCUCCGUCGCCGAAUCGUAGCAGUAGCACAAUUAAUAUUUUAAGCGAAAAUAUACCAUUACACGAUGAAAUGCCUGCAGACGCAUUUCAUGAAUUAUCGAAUGUUACCAAAGAGGAAAGCAAACAUGAAAAUCAAGUACAUGCGGACGCUGAUUGUGCGCCACAAAUUCGAAAUAAAAAUGCUAGUGGCCCGGCAGUCAGCAGUAUGGUAAGAUCUCGUUUAAGUCAGUUCGAAACAAAAAUCGGUGCUGAUCAACAGAUUGCUAGUAAGAGUGCGAGUAAAAAAUUAGAUGUAAGUGAAAUUGGCGACAGUCCGAAUGUCUCUCAUAUUCCGGCUGAUGAAUUUGAAGUGCCUGCUGCCGAUCAAAUUAAAUUGAUAAGUAGUGACGUUAUUAGUGAUAUUAGGAAAUAUGAAGAUGAUGACACGAAACGAGAUGAAAUUUUUGAGAGAAACGUAAAAAGUGAAACAGAUGACAAAUGUGAAAACGAAGUACCGUCGAAUGGUGAACUCGGUGACAGUAUUGAUGUCGAUUUGAGGAAGCAAAACGAAAUUGUAGAAACAUUUGAAUGUGAAAAAUCUGAGAAUAAAACAAAUGAAGACGAACUGGUGCGACGAGAAAACGAAAUCCAAUUAGACGAAAGUGUAGACGGUGCACCAACGGAAUCCAAUCCGCCUGACGUUGAAUUCGUAGAAAUAGUCGUGCCAGUACCUAGAAAAAGAAACUCAAAAAACCCAAAAGACGAAGAAGAAACUGCGAAACCUAUUCCCGUCAAACGAGGUGCUAAGGCGAAAAAAGCCUCCAACCAAACAGCCGAAAGUAAUGCAACCUUCGAAGAUCAACCUUCGCAGAAAGAUGUCAAUUCGUAUCCGCUUGACUUGAACCCAUUCGGAAGCGAUGACGAUGAUGACGAAGAAAACACCAACACAACCGAAGUAAAAAAAAUCGUCGACAAAAAGCCAGAAGUGAUAAGCAGCAAUCCGUUUGACAGUUCCGAUGAUGAGGUGGAACUCGAGAAGGAUAGUCCCAAGAAACGUAACGUUACGAAGGAUCUUAGCAAGUCCAGAAUGAGUUUGAAUCCAUUUGGAAGUGAUACGGAAGACGACGAGGAAGAAAUGAUGGAUAAACAGAAACGAACGCCCGUACCGACACCUAGGAAAGUUGUAACCUCAUCGCUGAAUUCAACACCAGAGCCAACACCACGAUUAUCACGCGCCCCGUACAACACAAAUACAACGUGCAACAUUUACGGAAGUGAAGCGUCUCUAUCGUCGACAAACACAAACAUCUACAGAACAAGCGAUUUGUUGGUGAAAAACAAUUACCUUCACGGCUCUACCAAUUCGCUUGCAUCAUCGAGUGGAAGUGCACAUCGACGGAAAAAAUGCAGAGCACCGUUACCUCCGGCAAUGCUAGCGAAGAGUUCAAAUGAGUUGUCUGUGUCAAAAGAAAAUAGUCCUACCCAUAGCACACGAACGAGUCCAAGUCCGAGAAAGAAACGGCCUGCACCCGCUCCACCUAGCUCAACACCGAAAUAUGCGCUUCAAUCCAUUCCGUCUAUUGUGGCUGGCAGUCUUAGCGACCUGACAACCGAUGAAACAAUUUACGUGACCGCAGUCGAUACUACUGUCGUAGAUGGAGACACUUUCACACCCAAAGACUGUUCCACAGACACCACCACCGAAGAAUCGUUGACGAAUGACAAUAUUACCACCAUGCGAUUAAUUCCACUGGAAGCCAGUCUUCUUGAGGAUAGUCAAAAGAAUUCCGCCGAUCAUAGAAGUGUCGAUGAAAGUGACAGUGUUGUUUUCCGGCGACGAAUCGUACCGUACACAUCCGAUUCGGCAACCGAUGAUAGUGCCAACUACAAUGACAAAUCAAUGAAUGUUACCGACGACCUUGUCGAGCAUAAUGCACGCCAGUGGCAAAAGAUGAAAGAAAACAAGGAAACCCAAAACAAGAACCGUCAAAGCCAAAUCUCGUUAUCGAGCCCCGAACCCGAUCAUAUCUAUUCCAACAAAUCGUCGUACGGUAAAUGGAAACGACGAAAAGGACCAGCGCCCGCAUUGCCCGUUCCACCACGGAAAAUUUUGCAAAUGGUUCCACUACAAGAGAUCCGUCACGAAUUGGAAGUGAUCGAGGUGCAACAGUUGGGCCUGGAAAAGCAAGGCGUCAUGUUGGAGAAAAUGAUCCGGGAGCGGUGUGAAGGUACCGAUCCACAAUUCAACGAAUUUGGCGAACCACAGCUGCCGCCCGACACACCAAAUACGAAAGAAGUUGAGGACUUAAUUUUGCAGUUAUUCGAAUUGGUCAACGAAAAAAACGAACUGUUCCGGCGGCAGGCUGAAUUAAUGUAUCUCCGUCGUCAACACAGGUUGGAACAAGAGCAAGCCGACAUCGAAUACGAAAUCAGAGUAUUGAUGGCACAACCAGAACGAAAUAAAACGGAUUGUGAUAAGGCGAGAGAAGAAGCACUCAUCACCAGAUUGGUUGAGGUUGUUCAACUCAGAAAUGAAGUCAUUGAAUGCCUCGAAAUGGAUAGACUACGGGAAGCUGAAGAAGAUCAGAGCAUUAAGCAACGAUUGGAAUUGCAUACAGCUAAGCGAGACGUCGAGUUAAGUAAGCAAACGCCAACCAAACUGUCGAAAAAAGAGAAAAAGAAGCAGAAGGAAUCAAAGAAAUUGUUCAAGCAAAAGAAAAUGGACGCAGAUAAGGAUGCAGAUGAUACGGAAAUACAGACGGAGAAAGCAAAAAAGAAGAAAAGGAAAUUUUUGUUCUGAAAUCAACCAUCGAACAAUUAAAACAAGCGAAUCACGCUCACAUUCAGUGCAUUACUGUACCAAGUACACCGGUUUCGUUGGAAGCAUAAGAAAGAACCAGCGAUCUGAUUGAUAGAAUUUUACGUUUAUUCUGAAAAAUUUUAUUUUUGUUUACGAAAUAGAAAUCUUGCAAUUAAA